AUGCUUGGAAAGAUCGCCUUAGAGGAGGCAUUUGCCCUGCCGCGAUUUGCCGAAAGGACCAAAUGGUGGGCUGGAUUGUUCGCACUCGAUGCUGCUAAGCAUGCGGCUGAAAUCAACGACAUCACCGAGCAGCGAAUCAAAUAUAUGGACCAAUAUGGAGUUGGAUAUCAGUUAUUGUCAUAUACUGCCCCAGGUGUACAAGAUGUCUGGAACAAAGACGAGGCUGAGGCGCUUGCUACCGAGGUCAACGACUACAUUGCAUCGACCAUCAAAUCCCACCCAGACAGAUUUGGAGCACUUGCAACAUUGUCAAUGCACGACCCCAAACAAGCAGCUGGUGAGCUAAGGCGGGUGGUCAAGGACUACGGCUUCAAAGGAAUACUCGUCAACGACACACAGCGAGCAGGUGCCGAUGGUGAUGACAUGAUCUUUUACGAUCAACCGGAAUGGGAUGUUUUUUGGGAGACCGUCACCGAGCUUGAUGUGCCAUUCUAUCUUCAUCCUCGCAACCCUACAGGGACGAUACACGACAAGCUUUGGGCUCCCAGAAAAUGGCUUAUCGGUCCCCCUCUCAGUUUCGCCCAGGGCGUCAGUCUACAUCUCCUCGGUAUGGUGACCAAUGGUGUCUUUGACCGCCACCCCAAGCUCCAGAUUGUUAUUGGUCAUCUUGGUGAACAUCUUCCUUUUGACCUGUGGCGGAUAAACCAUUGGUUUGAGGAUAUCAAGAAACCCUUAGGUUUGAAAGAGACUUGCAAGAAGACGAUUCGAGAGUACUUUGCGCAAAAUAUUUGGAUCACGACAAGUGGACAUUUCUCAACACCUACUCUUCACUACUGCAUGACUGAGGUUGGUGCUGAUCGGAUUUUGUUCUCAAUUGACUAUCCCUUCGAGAACUUCCAUGAUGCUUGCGACUGGUUCGACAAGGCUGAGCUUAACGAUGUGGAUCGAAGGAAGAUCGGAAAGGAUAAUGCGAAGAGACUAUUUAAAUUGGGUGAUUAUAAGGAUUCUAGUGCAUGA